AUGCGUGUCUCUACUGUCGUGACUGUGCUGCCUUUGGCGCUGGCCAAACCGCUUGGCGACAUGAAGCGCGCGGAGCUGGCUCCUGUGAUUCUUCACGCGAAUGUCGCUCGAUCGGACAUGGCUGCUCUGAUCCUGCAUGAAGACGAGUCGGUCAAGCUCGCCACCCGCUCCUCGCCGGCCCCCCUGUACCUGCACGAGGACGAAAAGUCCAUCCACGCGCGCGGCGGCAGCGACAGGUACAUCAUCAAGUUCAAGCCCGACACGGACGAUGCCGAGAUUGAAAAGGCGCUCAAGGACAUCACCGACGAGAAGCUCACGCACCGCUACAAGAACAAGUUCCAGGGCUUCACGGCCGACAUGGACGGGGAGACGGUGGAAAAGUUUCGCAUGAACCCCAUCGUCCAGUACAUUGAACAGGACGUGGCCGGCCAAGGUUCCGCCAACCUUGCGACUCAGAACGAGUGUCCCUGGGGCCUGAGACGCAUCUCCCACCACCAAGCCGGUGGUAGCGGAUACGUCUUCAACAAAACAGGCGGCGAGGGCGUCUGCGUCUACAUCACAGACACUGGCAUUGACGAGAACCACCCUCAAUUCCAGGGCCGCGCCCACCAAAUCAAGAGCUUUAUCCCCGGCGUCAACUACGAUGACCACGGCCACGGCACGCACUGCGCCGGCACCAUUGGCUCCCUCAGCUUUGGCGUCGCCAAGAAAGCCACCAUGUAUGGCGUCAAGGUCAUCGAUAGAGACAACAGCUUCCGUACCUCGGACCUGAUUGCUGCCUAUGACUUUAUCCUGCAAGACGCGCCCCGGCGCGACUGUCCGAAAGGCGUCGUCGUCAGCGGCUCCCUCGGCGGCCCUUUCUCUCCCGCCCUGAACCAGGCGGCCGGCAACAUGGCCAACAACGGCAUCUUCAUGGCCGUCGCUGCCGGCAACGACAACCGGGACGCGAGAUACUUCUCGCCCGCCUCGGCCCCCAAUAUUUGCACCGUUGGCGGCGUGGGCAAGGGCGACCUCCGCUACGACAUGUCCAACCACGGCCCCAUCAUCGACAUCAACGCCCCGGCUGUGGCCGUCAUCUCCGCAAAGCCUGGUGGCGGCAUGACCCAGAUGACGGGUACCUCCAUGGCGGCGCCGCACAUUGCCGGCCUGGCUGCGUACAUUGGCUCCCAAGACGCCAACAAGGUCUCGCCUGACCUGUGCCAGACCAUGGCCCGGAUGGCCACGCAGAAUGCCAUCCGCAAUCAAGUGUACGGCACUACUAGCAACAUCGCCCAUAAUGGCAAUGGGUUUGCUUAA